GGGGGGGCUGGAGCAGUAAAAAAAGAAGAAGGAAAAAAAAGAGCGGGGCUGCUCGGCUGGGAGAGGUUGAGCGCGGGGCUGACGGGCAUCUCUGGCGAUGGAAGAACUUACGGCGUUCGUCUCGAAGUCUUUUGACCAGAAAGUGAAGGAGAAGAAGGAGGCUAUCACGUACCGGGAGGUGCUGGAGAGCGGGCCGCUGCGCGGGGCCAAGGAGCCGAGCGGCUGCUCGGAACCGGGCCGCGACGACCGCAGCAGCCCGGCAGUCCGGGCGGCCGGCGGAGGCGGCGGCGGCGGAGGAGGCGGAGGAGGCGGAGGCGGAGGAGGUGGAGGCGGAGGAGGAGCAGGCGGAGGAGCUGGAGGAGGAGGGCGCUCUCCCGUCCGGGAGCUGGACAUGGGCGCCGCCGAGAGAAGCAGGGAGCCGGGCAGCCCGCGGCUCACCGAGGGUAGAAUGAGACCAAGGCAGGCUGAGGUUCAGGCUGUGCGCUGUUUUCUUUCGGAAGAUGCAUUAGGCUCCUUUUUUGUUUUGUCCCCAGAGCUGAAGGAUCGCAAAGAGGAUGCGAAGGGGAUGGAGGACGAAGGCCAGACCAAAAUCAAGCAGAGGCGAAGUCGGACCAAUUUCACCCUGGAACAACUCAACGAGCUGGAAAGGCUUUUUGAUGAGACUCACUACCCGGACGCCUUUAUGCGUGAAGAACUGAGCCAACGGCUGGGGCUGUCCGAGGCCCGAGUGCAGGUUUGGUUUCAAAAUCGAAGAGCUAAAUGUAGAAAGCAAGAAAAUCAACUUCAUAAAGGCGUCCUCAUAGGGGCUGCCAGCCAAUUUGAAGCUUGUAGAGUAGCACCCUACGUCAAUGUAGGUGCUUUAAGGAUGCCAUUUCAGCAGGAUAGUCAUUGCAACGUGACGCCCUUGUCCUUUCAGGUUCAGGCGCAGCUGCAGCUGGACAGCGCCGUGGCGCACGCGCACCACCACCUGCACCCGCACCUGGCCGCGCACGCGCCCUACAUGAUGUUCCCGGCGCCGCCCUUCGGACUGCCGCUCGCCACGCUGGCCGCAGACUCAGCAUCUGCCGCCUCCGUCGUGGCUGCAGCUGCCGCUGCCAAGACUACCAGCAAGAACUCCAGCAUCGCGGAUCUCAGACUGAAAGCCAAAAAGCACGCGGCCGCCCUGGGUCUGUGACGGCAGCGCCAGGGUCGCGCCUGCAGCACGGCGCGCAGCCUGCAUGCCCUCCGAGCCCCGCUUCUUCUCUGUUACCUGCCCCGGACCUCGGAAUCCGAGCCUCUUUCUGCCCCGCCGAUGGCCCCUUGCCCCCUUCUGCAUCCCGGACUCGGAGGGCAGCACCCGGGAUCCGAAGAAGGGCACCAGCUUCGUGGCUCCUGACCAUUCACCUGUCUAGGGGCCUAGAAUUUGGCUUUGUAGGGAUGGGUUUGGGAAGUCUGAAGAGUGCUGGGACAGUGAAGUGUGGCUCACGGUAAAACUGCAACGAUGGACUUUUGCGUAGAAAUAAAAAUCUUGUUAGUAAAAAAUGAGGGGGAAACUGUAGAAAAGACAAACCAGAAAGAAAAAGAGAAAGGGAACUUAUUGCUAUUCAGCAGAAGCUGAAAUCGGAGAACCAAGGAAUAAAAAAGAAAAAAAUUUUAAAGUAUUUUGUACAUUAAAAAAUAUGGAAAAAUAACCAGGACAAAUCUCGAGAUAAUUGGGGCGGGAGUUACCAACUUAAAGUGUAUUUUUUUUGUUGUUGUUGUUGUUUUUUAAUGGGCUAAGAAGGCAAAACAGAAGGAAGAGGUAUACUUAUUUAAAGAAUUAAGAUGAAAAAAAAGUACGCAGCUGGGAAGUUCACAGGUUUUGAAACUGACCUUUUUCUGCGAAGUUCGCUUUAAUACAAGAAAUUUGAUAAGAGAGGCGGGCCUCCUUUUACGUUGAAUCAGAUGCUUUGAGUUAAAAACCACCACGUAUGGAAGA